AGCGUGUUCAUGGCUUGCUGAAGUUCUCCCCCCCACCCGGGUCCGUCUCCCAGAAAGAGAGCCCGCUUCCUUCUUCAAAAGAAGCCCAACAUCCCCGUUGGUCGUCUCGCUUGAUUCCCCUCUUCACCGCUUAGCAGUAACCCAUCAAUCCUCUUCCUCGCUAUUUCAUCCGCCGCAAUGACCGGCUCUAGCCCUACCAACCCGCCGCAGUCACCGGGAAACAAUGUAGCAGAAGUCACCGCCGAUACCGCGCCUGUCGAAGUGGACGCACCUCCUGCCGACGAUGGCGACUCGACUUUCGGUAGUGAAUUGUCAACGUAUACGGCGUCUUUGACCUCUAGCGUCAUCAACUACCCCACCGAGUUUGGUCGACGAUAUCACGCGUACAACGCCGGAUCCUACAACUUUCCCAACGACGAGGCUGAAAGCGAACGACUUGACCUUAUGCAUCUACUCAUGACCAAGGGCAUCGGCAACAGAUUGUUCCUAGCCCCAGUGGAUCUUGACAAAUCAGCUAGGGUUUUGGAUAUUGGCACAGGAACAGGCAUAUGGGCAAUUUGCGUCGGCGAGGAGUACCCCAAUGCCGAGGUUAUCGGAAACGAUUUGAGCGCCAUCCAAUCAACUUGGGUUCCUCCAAACGUCAAGUUCGAGAUCGACGACGUCGAGCAGCCAUGGGUUAACGGUAACUUUGACUACAUCUUUUCCCGCUACAUGUCGACUUCAAUCUUGGACUGGCCGAAUCUAGUUGGAAAUGUCUAUGACCACUUGAAUCCAGGUGGCUGGGCCGAAUUCCAGGACCUUGAUCUUCUCUAUUACUCAGAAGACGGCUCCAUCACCGACGAGCACUACCUCAUGAAGUGGAUAAAGCUGUUCAUCGAUACAGCAAGGACGAAGCUGAACCGCGAGCCCUGCCCAGGGCCGAAACUCGAAGGUUGGGUCAAAGAUGCUGGCUUCACGAACAUUGUCCAUCGAAAAUUCCGACUGCCGCUAGGAUCAUGGCCCAAAGAUCCACACAUGAAGGACAUCGGAUUGUGUAAUAUUGCUCAGCUCAUGGAUGGCCUGGAGGCAUUCUCUCUGAAGAUAUUUUGUGGAGUUCUGGGCAUGUCGACAGACGAGGUUCUCGUGAUGCUGGCCAAGGUCCGUCAGGAACUGCGUGCUCGUGCAUUCCAUGCUCAAUUUAAUUUAUAAGUCUAUACCUCAAAUCCAUCCUGGAUCUGACCUAACGCAUACAGCCACGUUGUAUAUGGUCAAAAGCCGUGAUUUAUUAGUGUUCAAAUCAUACUGAACUCGAAGCGAUCGUACGGCGACGUGUUCUUGGCGGUCUGCUCCAAUCCAAGCAGCUUCCACCAUGUCAAGAUAACACAUUUCUGUACCCAAUUUAAGCAUUUUCGAAAACCCAAUGCUACCGCAAUAACCAAAAUAUCAAG